CGAACCAAGCUUGAGCGCAGCGGCCAAUCGGCGGCGCCGACGACAUCAGCUGCUGCACCUCCCGCCCCGUAACUGCACUGCCGCACCUCUCUGUAGCGUCUGCUACUCCGCGACUGACUUCUUCGCGAUUCGGAGCAUCGAGAAUUCUUUUCGGAACUUCGACUCUUAGGACCUCUCAGUGAAAGAUCCUUGGAAUUUUGCACGAUAUUAAUCUUUUUGCUUAUUACGUUCCUUCAAUACCGUGAAUUUCCGCGAAUUUUGUUCCUUUGUUCCGUCUCUGUGUUUUCCGCUGCACUUUCUACACUUACCGUGAAAUAGAUACGCGUAUCUCGACGAGUGCGAGAGAGAAGGGAGAGAUGAUGUCGCUCGGCAAAGUGCAAAAGGAAGCGAUGGAGGUCGGUAAAGGGGACGAGGACGAUCAGUCCAAGGCGGUGAUGCUGUUCGGCCGAGACAUCAGGAAGAUUCCUUGCUUCAAGCAGAGCAUGUUGAACGGCAUCUACGGCGGUGUCGCGACCGGUCUGGCCACCUUCAUGUUCACGAGUCGCGCGAGGCUGUCAACAAACGUGGCCAUGGGCUCCUACAUGGGCAUCGUCGUGGUCUACUGGUGCUACUGCCGGUACAAUUAUGUGAUGCAGAAGUACGCCUUGCAGGACCUGCAAAACGUCCUUCGGGAGACCGGCACCGUGGACGAGCUCAAGGAAGUCGGUCACGAGCAUCAGAAAAAACUGAUUGACACAUAACACUAUUCUUCCCUCGCGAGAUCGUUAAGAACUUUCAUCAUAACGUACAAUGUAGAUACAUUAUUUAUGUGCAAACAAUGUUGCACGAUCGUAGCACAAUAUGCUGUAAUAUAAUAUAAUUAAGAUUAUUGUAUGUUAUAUUUAUAAAAUGCGUAUGUUAUAUUUAUAAAAGUGCCUAAAGAAUGUCUGGGUUGUUUAUCAUUUUUUCAACUGUAUAUAAUAUUUGGAUAUUUGAUAUCUAUGAGAUUAAUCCGAUUGUAUAUGUGUAUAUAAAAAUGUAGAAUUUUUUUAAUAUCGAAAGAACUCGCAGAUUUUAAUAUUAUGUAGUUGUGAUAUUGUAAUAAUGUGGAAUAACGUUGUAAUUAUACACAAUUGAACUAUGUUUUAUAUUUUAACUGAUA